ACUUGUCGCCGUUCAACCACCCAACUCAAACGGAGACAUCAUGAACUUCCCCUUUGAUGUGGAUGAGGUGUGCCAGCUGCUGCCGGAAACAAUCUCCAAUGAUCGUCAAGUGGGCCAGCGUGCCGAGGAGCGACUUGUGAGCCAUUUUGCGGCACAAGGUGGCUUUGUGGCGUGCCUCUUUGAACUCUCGGCGUCAAACGAACUCGGUCUCGAAGUCCGCCAGCCGGCUGUCAUCAUGCUUAAGAACAUUGCGCGGUCGUAUUGGGACGCGCCAGAGGCACGCGAUGAGAAGAUGGCCAUCGAUGAAGAGUCGCGGGCGUACCUUCGCCAGUCGAUUCUCAAGGCUCUUGUUCACACGCCCGAGCUCAUCCGGUCGCACCUCGAGAUUGUGUUCCAUGAGGUUGUCAAGGUUGACUUUCCAACAACAUGCCCGGAAUCAUGGACGAGAUUGAGGGCUUCCUGCAGUCAAACGAGUCGGACGGGAUCCUUGGAGCGACGCUUGCGAUCUUCCAGAUUGCGCGGUCGUUUGAGUACCGGCGCAGCAACGUGCGCAAGCCGUUUGACCUCCUCGCGGCGCGGUUCUUCCCGCAGCUUGCGGCCAUGUACGCUGCGCUCUCCGAGAUGGAUUCGCCGACGGAGGAGACGCUCCGGCUGCAGAAGCUUGUGCUCCAGACGUACUGGUGCACGUUCCAGCUGCGGCAGCCCGAGUGCCUCAUCGAUCCGGAGGUGCUCACGACGUGGACGGGCCUGUUUGCCAACACGGUGCAGACCAAGGUGAUGCCCGGCGAGGCCGAGGCGACCGAGACGGACAUCAACGAGUAUGCCCAGUUUGACAUUGCGCGUGAGGCGCUGCAGAUCGUCAACCGGCUCUUCCAGCGGUACGGGCAGCCUGCGUUUGUGGCAAACGAGGACGACAAGCCGUUUGCCGAGUUCUUCCUCCACCAGCUCGCGCCGCAGCUGGCGGGCCUCUUCCAGCAGAUUCUCUUCGAGUACGCCAAUGGUGAGCGGCAGCUCUCGUCGCUGGUCAUCCGCGAGCUCCUCGAGUACCUCAACUCGUGCAUCCGCUACGCGGUGACCUUCCAGCCGAUGAAGGACUCGAUCCAGGACUUGUACACCUCUGUUCUCUUCCCGCUCCUGAUCAUCUCGGAUGAGGAUCUGGCCGAGUGGAGCGAUGACCCCAAGUACUUUGUCAUGCGCUCGCGCAACGUUUUCGAGGACUAUAUCUCGCCAGUCACAGCCUCGGUCAACUUUAUCGUCGAGCUGGCCAAGGUCCGGCCGCAGUGGGGCCUCCCGCUUGUGACGCAGUACGCCGCGCACAUCUUUGAGGCGUAUGCUGCAAACCCCGGGGAUGAGUCUGUGGCGCGGGCCAAGAGUGGCGCGCUGCUCUCGCUUCAGGCGGUGGCGCCCAAGCUCAUGGCGGGCUCCGAGUACGCCAAGGGCCUGGAGGAGCUGCUCAACACGCACGUGGUGUCGGACCUUACCUCGCCGUACCUGUUCCUGCGGCUGCGCGGCGCCGAGUGCCUCGGCGCGUUCUGGCGCAUGGAUACCUCGGCCGAGUUCCACCAGCACCUGCUCGAGCAGGUCUUUGUGGCGGCGCGUGACAAUGACCUUGCUGUCCGGAUCUCGGCCGGGCUCACUCUGCAGAAGCUCAUCAAGCGUCCGGGGUGCGACGAGUAUGUGGUCCCGAUUCUGGGCGACGUCCUCGAGCUCCUUCUCUCGCUCAUGGGCGAGAUCGAGUCAGACUCGCUGGUCAACGCGCUCGAGAGCAUCAUUGUUCGGUUCGGCGCGUCGGUGGCCUCGCUGGCGACGGAGAUUGCCCAGUCGCUGUGCAACCUGCUCGAGCGCUCGCUGGAGGAGGAGAAGAACGCACAGGACAUGGACGACGAGGACGUGUUUGGCGGCAACGCCAUUGGCCUCGCGUCGAUGAACUGCGCGCGGACGCUCAACGCGCUGCUUGUCACGCUCAAGUACUACGACGAGCUCUACCCGCAGCUCGAGGCCGUGAUGUACCCAAUGAUGGUGCGGCUGACAACGCCUGUCGGCCUCGAUCUGCUCGAGGAGGUGCUUGCCAUGUCGACGACACUGACGACGUACACCGAGUCGCCGUCGGAGAUCAUGUGGGAAAUGCUCGGGCGGUUCUUCACUGCGCACCAGGAGUGGGCGUUUGACUACUCUCGCGAGCUGCUGCCGGUGGUGUGCAACUUUGCUGCCAAGGCGCCGCAGGAGUUUGUGACGCGGGCCGAGGGCCAGUACCUGGAGGCCACACUGGACGUGAUCAACCGGCUGCUCAACGAUGACAACGUGGCCGAGUACGACGCGCAGUACGGGUGCCUCUUUGCACACGUCGUCCUUCAGUGUCUGCCUGACGGAAUCGACGAUUACGUCGAGCCGCUCAUCGGCAUGGCGCUCGCGCGUCUGACAAAGAGCCAGAAGGUGGCACUCAGGGUCCAGUGCGUCGAGGUUGUGGCCAUGGCGUUCUGGUACAACCCGGUCCUUACGGCUCGCAUCCUGGUCGACAACCAGUUCCUGGACGAGUUCCUCCAGGUGUGGAACGCGCUCUGGGACUCGUUCUCGCGGUUCGACGACAAGAAGAUUGUGCUUCUCAGCAUCACCAAACUUCUCUCGGCACCGAUCGGCGAGUACCCAGAGGCCUUCCAGGCUAUUCUUCCGUCGCUGCUCGACGGCAUGUUCCAGAUGUGCGUCUCGCUUGUGGAGCAGAUCGACAAGCUGGAGGCCCGGCGCGAGGAGCUCGGGAUGGACGGCGACGACUUUGUGUUCGACGAGGACAUCGACUGGGCACAGGAGGCCGGCGUCGAGGAUGAUGACGAUGCGCCUGACCUGCAGCAGAUCCGCUACCUUGAGCAUCUCCGCGAAGAGUACAAGGGCUACGAAGACAUGAUCCACGGCGGUGACGACGCGCCCGAGUUUGUAGAGGACAAUGGCGCCAACUUUCCCAUCAACGGGAUCCAUGACUUUGAAUUUGUGGUCCACGGCAUGGCUGCGUUCUUUGAGAACCAGCCCGAGGCAGCCACUCACCUCGUCCGUGCGCUGCAGAACAAUCCGACCGAGCUGCUUGACGAGCUUGCCCGCCGCGCCGAGGCCGAGAAGGCCAAGGAUGCCGAGGAGACCAUGCGGACCAUGGAGCGCCAGAAGAACCUGAUGACACCCGAGGCUCGCGCCGAGUUUGAGGCAGCCCAGGCCUACAACGCAGCGCAGUGAAUGAACGAAGCGUAUGUCGA